AGUAUUAUUUUUCAACUUCAAUAAAAAAAAACUAUAGUUUAUAAUAAUAAUUUGUUCAGCAUUUUAUUUCUAACAAUUUUAAGUUUAAAGUUUAUAAUAAAUUAUAAAAAUAAUAAACAAUGAGAAACUAUAAGUUAGCCAACGAUGCCGUUACUAAAAGACUCAAAAAUAUCAAAGAAGAAGACGAAAUAGUGAUAACAGGAAUAUCUGGCAAAUAUCCCGAGUGUUCAUCGAUUGAAGAGUUUGCCCGAAGACUCUAUAAUAAUGAUGAUAUGGUUACCGAAGAUGAGAAACGGUGGCGAAGAGAUUUGUUUGCCUCACCCAUGGGAAUGGGAAAACUGGACGAUUUGGGCAAAUUUGACAGCGAUUUCUUUCAUUGCGAACCAAAUCAACCCAAUUUUAUGGACGCACAGUUAAGACUACUAAUAGAGACCGUCUAUGAGGCCAUUUGGGACUCAGGCGAAAACCCAAUGAGUCUGAGCGGAACCAAUACCGGUGUCUUCAUUGGCAACUGUUUCGAUGAAAUACUUAAUGCCCAUUCAACGAUCGGCAUCCACUCUAUACCUGCUUAUAGACAAUGUAUAGCCUCACAAGUAUCCUAUCGAUUCAAUCUGAAGGGACCGUCAAUGGCAGUGGACACGGCCUGUGCAUCCAGUUUUACGGCACUGAAUGAAGCCUUGCAUUAUAUGAGACACGGAUGGAUUGACAGUGCAAUUGUUGCCGGCAUUAAUUUGGGACUCAAUCCACUAAUGCAGUAUCAAUUCUUUAAGUUAAACAUGUUAUCACCAGACGGUCGGUGCAAAUGUCUGGACGAAUCGGCCAACGGCUACGCCAAAGGCGAGGCAGUGGUGGUCGUUGUUUUGCGCAGAAGAAAGGACGCCAAACGUAUUUACUGUACUGUUGUUCACACAAAGACCAAUAACGACGGCUACGAGGAAAUGGGUAUUACAUUUCCAACGUGGGAAUCACAACGGGAUCUGAUGAUAGGCACCUACGAGGAGGCCGGUGUCAAUCCACAUGAUGUCGACUAUGUAGAGGCCCAUUGUACUGGCACUCAAGCGGGUGAUCCCGAAGAAAUGCGAGCCAUUUGCGAGUCUAUGUGUUCCGGCAACAGAAAAAACCCGAUUAUGAUUGGCGCCCAUAAGUCAAACAUUGGCCACACAGAAGCCUCGUCGGGAUUGUGUGCGGUGUCCAAAGCGAUCAUAUCGUUUGAGAACGAACUGAUUCCCGCAAACAUUCACUUUAAGUCACCAAAUCCUAAAGUCGAGGGCAUAAAAAUGGGUCUAUUAAUGCCAAUCAAUAAAAACACACCGUUUUAUGGACAGUACGUAGCGCUCAACAACUUCGGGUUCGGCGGAUCCAACAUUCAUGUCAUUGUCAAGUGUCCGAAAAUCAAUUCAUCGGCCGAUAACAACAAAGUUGUCGACAAAAUUCCUCGUUUAGUAAAUAUGUGCGGAAGAGAUGAAUCAGCUGUCAAUUAUUUCUUCACCAAACUUCUGGAAAAACCAAAAAAGAUAACCAGAGAUCUGUUGGCUCUUAUUAAUAAUAUUUCUAAGACGUGUCCUUUUAGGGCAUCCAAUACUUCUUAUGGAGGAAUGACUUCUCGUGGAUUUGCGCUGAUUGAGAGUAUGGAUGAAAACAAGUUGAAAGAAAUGAAUUAUUUUGAGAUAAAUGAAAUCAAAGAGAGUAAUCGAGAGGUUUGGUUCAUAUUGUCGGGAAUGGGAACUCAAUGGACAGCAAUGGCCAAAGGUUUGGUGGAUAUUGAUAUCUUCAAUAAGUCGAUUCGCAAUUUAUGUACAAUAAUGAAGAAAUAUUCGGUAGACUUAUGGGAUCUAUUGAUGAAUGAUAAGCAAAACAUUAACGAUUCAGUUCUGAACUCUUUUCUAACCAUAGCUGCCGUUCAAAUAGCAUUAAUUGAUUUACUCGAAGAAUUAGAAAUCAAACCGAACGGCAUCAUUGGCCACUCUAUCGGUGAACUGACCUGUGCUUACGCUGAUAAAUGUUUGACCGCCGAAGAGACCAUUGUAAUGGCCUACUGGAGAGGCAUAUCCUUCGCCAACAACAAGGUCUGCAACGGCCGGAUGGCAGCCGUCGGUUUGGGCGCCAAAGACGCCAAACCUUUGUGUCCGGAAAAUGUAUUUAUCGGUUGCGACAAUUCCGACGAUUCAGUGACCGUAUCCGGUGAGACCAAAGCCAUCGACGAUUUUGUCAAACUGUUAAAAUCAAAAGGUAUUUUUGCCGCUAAUGUCGAAAGCUGUGGCGUAGCUUUUCAUUCGCCACUGACCUAUGCUAUCGGUGAAGAGUUGACCGCAAAGCUCAAGAGUGUAAUGCCUGACACAAGAAAUAUGUCGACAAAGUGGAUCAGUGCCAACUAUAAUAACAAUUCAAAGACAUUGACAGCCCAUCACUUUGUGGAUAAUCUUUUAUAUCCGAUCCGAUUUAACGAUGCCAUCAAACAGAUACCCAAAGACGCCAUAGUUGUCGAGAUUGCUCCUCACUCUCUGUUACAAUCAAUUUUAAAGCGUUCGUUGGGACCAAACAUAUCUUACGUACCGAUGAUGAGAAAAAACGAGAACAAUGUAAACCAAGUGCUGUCGAGUAUCGGUACACUCUAUACGCUGGGCCUGAAUCCGGCCAUCGAGAAACUGUAUCCAACUGUUAAGUACCCGGUGUCCAAUGGCACUAAGUUUAUAUCGCCAAUGAUCAAAUGGAUUCACGAUAAAGACUAUAUUGUUACCACUUAUCCAGAGUACUUCAGCAAAGCCCAGACAAGCAAAACAAGAGAAACCAGAUUUAAUUUAAUGGAUAAAGAUGAUGUGUAUAUAGCGGGACAUGUAAUCGAUGGCCGAAACCUGUUUCCUGGAACCGGUUAUCUGUUGUUAAUAUGGAAACACUUCGCCGCCUAUCAUAAUACCGAAUAUUUUGAAGUUCCCGUCGAGUUUCGUGAUGUAAUCUUUCACAGGGCGACCAUUAUUCAGCCGAAUCGCGAAAUCAAAUUAUUGACAACUAUUGACACGACAAACGGUGACUUUGUUCUCACAGAAAACGGUGCGGUUGUGGUCACCGGUAAUAUUCAGUUCCUGAAGACGGGUCUCGAGUUUCAGUACUAUUUGGAUGAGAAUUCCUAUCGCAUCCGCAAAGACGAAAAUCUAGUACUCAAGAAACGAGACAUCUAUACUGGUCUUCGGCUCAGAGGCUAUGAUUACGGACCAAGUUUUCAGUGCGUUUCGGAAGCGUUUGUUGAGGACAGAAAAGUCAAGGCAUUGGUCGAGUGGACAGAUAAUUGGGUGGUUUUUGCCGACAAUAUGAUUCAAAUCAGUAUUGUAGGCAUCGAUACCAAAGGUCUGUUUAUUCCCGUAAAGUUGGAUUUGAUACGAUUCGAUCCGAAACUGUUACUCCAAGAUGUGGCCACACUGGGCGGUGAUACACCACGUCUAGAAGCCUUCUACGACUACGACACCCGUAUAGGUGUCACCAAAGGUCUUGAAUUUAGAGGAAUGAAGGCAAAUAUAAUUCAACGAAAUCUUGGCUUAACUUCAGUAGUUGUUGGCGACUAUAGUUUUGAACGAUUUGAUGGACUCAUUGAAAACUAUGACACUUACGAUGACGCGGAACAGAUCAAAGAUUAUGCCGAAUGCUGUGAGAAAAUGGCACAAAAUUUGAUCAAAAAGUUUGAUUUGUUGCGAAGUGUCGGCAAAAAUGCUAAUGUGAUUAGCGGUAAAACUGAUGACCAGGUUUUGCCAGUAAAACGAAAAGAUAAGUAUUUGUAUUCAUUUUUACAUGAAUUAAAACGACUUAAUGAAUACAAUGUCGACGCAAUCAAAGAGUUGAGAAAUUUUGAUGAUUUAGAGGACGACUUUAUGUUGAAAAUGAUUUAUAAUAAAUGGUUAACCGAUAGACAGAUAAUCACAGUCUAUGACAACAAAAAACAAAAUGAACUCAAAGUCUUGGAACUCAACGAUAGUUACCGAUCGAUGCAAUCGGAGGUCACAGCUAUUGUUGAACCGCACGACUACUUUGUGAAACUUACUUAUAGUCUGGUUUCGAGAUCACCGGCAGAAACUAAAAGCAUUGAAUGGCCUACAAAUGAGUCAACAGUUCCGACAACAAUGAAAGAUAUGGAUUGUAUUAUCUAUAAGAAUGACAACAACGAUAGCAUCAAUUUAGUCGAAUUGUGUCAAUCGAUUUGGGAUUCAUUGAAACCAAACGGUUUCUUUCAGAUUGUUUUCAGAUCUGGUUUUACUUCCAGCGAAAAGCUGAUCCGUUCAUUGCUUAACCAGAAGUCACACACAAUGAACGCUAAAGCGAUUAGAUCUGAGGCAGAAAAGUGUAGUUUUGUAUACAUCGGUUGCAAUUACAACGAGUUUGGAGCCAAUACUAUGCUCUUCAGAAAGAUGGCUUACAAAGUGGAUAUUGAUAAACAAGUUAUUGUCCGAAUUGAGAAUAAUUACAGCAAAUGGUUGGACACAUUGAAAAAUGAGAUUAAACUGAUCCACAAUAAACCGGAGGGUGAAAACUUGUGGCUAAUCGCUGACGACACCUCCAAAAAUGGUAUCCUCGGAUUGGUGUGUAGUUUGAGGCGCGAAGUUAAUGGUCAAAGAGUUCGAUGUAUUUUCAAUUUUAAUGGGACUUUUAAAGGCGAUCUGAUCCACGAUAGACAAACAUUGGUUGAUAUAAUGAGCAAAGAUUUGGUUUACAAUGUCUAUCGCGACAAUCAUUGGGGAUAUUAUAAACCAAAUGUUAUGCAAUCCAUAUAUAAGAGUGUACUAACAGAUCACUGUUAUCUGAAUACCAGUACUAAAGGAGAUCUUUCGAGUCUUAAAUGGUAUGAAUGUCAACAUAAGAAUUGGCCGAUCGGUCGCAAAGAUAACCAAAUUAUGUGUCGCGUCUAUUAUUCGGCUCUCAAUUUCAGAGAUAUUAUGUUGGCCACGGGUCGACUACCGCCCGACGCUUUGCCCGGAGAUAUGGCACUACAGGACUGUAUACUUGGAUUAGAGUUUUCCGGAAGAGAUGAAAAUGGCAAUCGAGUGAUGGGAAUGAUUCCGUCGAAAGCAUUGGCGACAACAUGUAUUGUCGACGAUCCCGACUUUUUAUGGCCUAUACCUGACAACUGGUCAAUGGAAGAGGCGUCGACUGUUCCUUGUGUUUACUCUACCGCCUACUACUCGCUUAUAAUCAGAGGACAUCUGAAAAAUGGGGAGAAAGUUUUGAUCCAUUCGGGAAGUGGUGGUGUCGGUCAGGCGGCCAUUAAUAUAUGCUUGAAUAUGGGUUGUCAAGUGUUUGUUACGGUCGGAUCAAUGGCCAAACGUGAAUAUUUGAAGAAAUUGUUUCCAAAAUUAAAUGAUAGCAACUUUUCUUCGUCUCGCGAUUUGAGUUUCAAAACACAUGUAAUGAAUGCAACCAAAGGUAAAGGUGUAGAUUUGGUACUCAACUCAUUGUCUGAAGACAAACUCAAAGCCAGUAUUGAGUGUUUGGCAGAUAACGGCCGGUUCCUUGAGAUUGGCAAAUAUGAUAUGUCUGUUAAUACAAGAUUAGAUAUGAAUGAAAUGCUGAAAAACAAGUCGUUUCACGGAAUUCUUUUGGACGCCUUGUUUACUGUCGAUGAAAAUACACCGAAAAGUUUGCUAAAUGAUAGGAAACUCAUUUGGGAACUGAUAGAAGAAGGCAUCAAAAACGGAACCGUACGGCCACUGGACAGAAGUAUAUUCACUGUUGACGAAUCAGAAGAGGCGUUCCGUUUUAUGUCAUCGGGAAAACAUAUGGGAAAAGUUGUCAUUAAAAUCCGAGACGAAGAGUCCGAGGGUCAGUCCAUGUCGUUGAAGCCGUUAGACAUUAAAGCCAACGCCCGGACAGUAUUCAAUCCCAACAAAGUUUAUAUAGUAAGCGGAGGUUUAGGUGGAUUUGGUCUUGAAAUGAUUGAUUGGAUGAUUGAAAGAGAUGCCAAAAAGUUUUUGAUUACAUCCCGAAAUGGACCGCAAGACGGCUAUCAAAAAACUAAACUGAAAAAGUUUCGCGAAAGAUAUGGCGCAGAGAUUCAUAUUGUCACUGAUCUGGACCUAACAUCGCCUAAAGAGGCGACACAACUGUUGAACAUAGCUUCGAGUUUUGGUCCAAUCGGUGGUAUAUUUCAUUUGGCACUUGUUUUGGCCGACGCUAUAUUCGAGAAUCAAACCGAAGAAAUGUUUAAGACUGUGUGUCGUUCAAAGUCGGAUCAGUUUAUUAUUUUAGAUAUCGUUACCCGAAAAUAUUGUCCAGAUUUAGAUUAUUUUGUCUCAUUUUCAUCUGGUGUGACAAUGCGUGGUAACGCCGGUCAAACCAAUUAUGGUUUCAGUAACGCCAUAAUGGACAGGAUUUGCGAAGUCCGAAAAGCCGAUGGAUAUAGUGGUCUAUCAAUUCAAUGGGGAGUCAUCGGUGAUGUUGGUAUAGUAGUCAAAAAUACGGGACGAGACGAUGUUAUAAUUGUGGGAACAGUAGCCCAACGUAUGCCCUCAUGUUUGCAUUAUUUGGAUGCAAUGCUACAGUCGGACAAAGCCGUUACCCUAUCUUUCGUUAAAUGCGAAUCACGACAGGAGUCGGGCGGAGGAAAGGAAAACUUUAUGAAGAAGUUGGCACACAUUCUUGGUAUGGAUGACAUCAAAAAAGUGAAUCCCAGCACAAAAUUGCUGAAACUUGGUAUGGAUUCACUGAUGGCGGUAGAGAUACAACUAUCUAUUGAACGAGAGUUCGGAGUAGUUUUGACAGCUCAAGAGGUUCGCGAAUUAUCUAUUGCUCGGAUACUAGAGUUGGCCUCCAGUGGUGACAAUUAAACGACUGAUUCGUUUGGCGUUUAAUUUGUUUUUUUAUUUGUUUAAUUA